AAUUAUAUUUAUUUUUAUAAUAAGAUCAAUUUUUUUUACGUAACAAACCGUUAAGCGACCCUAUAAAAUAACUGCAUUAUCAUAAUAGUCAGAAAUCGUAUGAAAAUUUCUAUAUUACAUGAGUUAUUGCUACAUACUCGACCAGUGUAAACAAUACUAACGUGUAAGUACGUGUAUAUAUACAUAUAUGUAUAUUUGUGUAGAUAUACACACACAUAUUUCGACAGCCAUGUAUAUGAAGUAUUGAAACAGCCAUUCAUCGCUAUAGAAUUUCAGUCGGGCUUUGAAACCACACCGGGUAACAUGCUUCAUUGUUCUUUAUUCGCGCAGUCGGUAUUAUUAGUAAUUUGUAAAACCUUAUAAUAAUUUACGUGCAAUAAAAUGAUAAGCAAUUCUCAACUAAAUAUGAAUAUGUAUAUGUUCCCUAAAUGCAUCUUAACAAAAUGUAAAAUAAAACAAUCAAAAUCAGUUUAGUGUGACAGUUCUUUAAGUAUGAAAAGAUUACUGGUGUAAUUGACAAAUUUUGGUUAAACUGAGGAAACAUGUUUUAUCCACAAAGAGUGAUGAGACAAAUCUCCGAAAUCUCUUAUGUAGGUAUUAGUUUCCAACUUCCGAGUCGCGAAAUGUUUUCUGGGGAAUGGAUGCGGUUGUGUUUGGUGAACGUGGUUGGCUUCAUUAACGGAAAUUAAGACAGGUUUCAAACUAGUAAGGAUGACGACUACUCAGGAUGGAGAAUCUGGUAUAACAAUACCAUUACAAUAUAAUAAUUCUCAUUGGAAGUCUAUAUUUGAAAAAUAUGAUCUGGACGGAGAUGGAAAAAUUUCAUAUCAAGAAUUGAGAGCUAUGAUACGAAGUUCUGCUUAUUCUAAUGAUAUCCCGACCAGAGUUGUUCAUCUAAUCAUGCGUAAGGCAGAUUUGGAUGACUCAGGAUACUUAGACUAUCCAGAAUUUAUAGCCAUGAUUCACAGGAAAGACAUGCAAGGUGUUUUUGGUCAUCUUGUACAACGAUAUGUGCAAUCGAUGGUACCACAGAGACCUAGUUCUCUACAGUUGACACGUUCCAGUGAUUAUCCUGAUGGACAAUACGAAGAAGAAUAUACCUGUAAACCUCCAGCACUAGCCAUGAUAAUUAUAUCGAUGCUAGAAAUUAUUUUAUUUUUGUAUGAUGUGAUUGUAUACAAAACGCCUUCUGUGGAGGGACCAGCAGCUACAUUAUUUAUUUAUAAUCCACAUAAGAGGUAUCAAGCAUGGAGGUAUCUGACGUACAUGUUUGUACAUGUAGGAGUAUUUCAUCUAGUAGUAAACUUACUUGUACAAAUAAUGUUGGGUAUUCCAUUAGAAAUGGUGCAUAAAUGGUGGAGAGUAUUAAUCAUAUACAUAGCUGGAGUAGUUGCAGGAUCUCUUGGUACAUCGGUGUCUGAUCCAGUAGUGUAUUUGGCAGGUGCAUCAGGUGGUGUAUAUGCAUUAAUUACUGCUCAUGUUGCAACUAUUUUAAUGAACUGGUCGCAAAUGGAGUUUGCUGUUUUGCAAUUAUUAGUAUUCCUUGUUGUGACGUCUGUAGACAUUGGUCAAGCAAUAUAUAAUCGCUAUGUAUUAGAAACCAAUGACCAAGUUGGAUAUGUCGCUCAUUUUGCUGGUGCUAUCGCAGGCCUACUUGUAGGCAUAAAUGUACUUCGCAAUCUUGAAGUGAAAACAUGGGAAAAGGUUGUAUGGUGGGCCAGUAUUAUUACUUACACGGUACUUAUGACAGCUGCUAUUUUGUGGAAUAUUUUAUACACUUCUUAUUAUCAGUAGUUGUUAGUAGUAUUAACCUACAUGUAUUUAUUUUUUGUGUUUUGUUUUCUACUGUAAAUAGAAUUUAUGACCUUGCCUUUAA